UACCUCACCGAAUCCGGUACGACAACAGAUUGCACCUGGCUUCGAAAACUCUUUAAGAACGCUGCCCAUCCGCCGUCGAGAACAAACAUUCUUCGGCCUCUCCAUCUCACCACAGAACAACUUCUUUUUCAACCACAUACCUUCAAGAUGACGAUUGAUAUGGACUGGUCACACUCCUUCUGUUUGGCCUGUGACAGGCAGACCGAUGGCAAUGUCUACUGCUCAGAAGCUUGCAGAUUGGCCGAGUACGAAGUAGCAUCCAAUGCUGGUUCGGCAGCGUCGUCUCCCACCGCACCUCGAAGCCCCGUCUCAUGGCCUGCCACCAGGCAAUCGAAUAACGGCUUCUUCAUGGAGCCCGCCUACAACUUCGCAAAUGCUCAGCCGUAUGGCACAACUCCUUCACCUCGAUCGUCUCACUUCUUCCACGCUUCAAGGCCACAGUCCUCACCAGUGACGUUCAGCUCGAAGCCCGUCCUGACUCCAUCGAGCUCUCAAUCCAGCCUCUUCUCAAUGCAAAGCACCCACUCGUCAACAGCCUCGGAACCAAUUCAGCUUUCAGAUGAGUCGAGGCGGGCAUUGAGGGCGUAUGCGAGUUCAUUCGAUCAAUCUCGAUACCAAAGACGCCAAUCUACCCAGUAAAUGUCCUUUAUACAACACGUUUCUUUCACCAG